AUACAUGCAAAUUACAAAACAACGGCCCACGUCACACCUGAUCAAUCAUCUGUAUUAUUAUAUGUUGCUUCUUUUGCUUUGACAUUGCUUUCGUCUUCUUUUGACGAGCAAAUAACAAAGAAACUUUUUUCUCUUUCUCUAGAAGAAUAAAGAUAGCUUUGGAAUUUAUCGAAUCUUCAUUCAUUCUUUCCUUCAUAUAAAGACAACUACACCAAACCCACUACCAUAGCAUAAACACUUACCAAACAUUCAAACUUCAAACACUAUCUUUCCCUCUUUCUAUUUUCAGCAACUACAAUAUGCCACAACUAGAUUUCGAAACCCUAGUUUCCGCCUUAUCCGGCGUCGCCAACGACAGCAAAGUCGCUUGCGAACCAACGGAUGAAGCGGAAGACUCACCGCCGGAAUCAUUCUGGCUCUCUAACGACGCUGAAUACGACUGGUGGGACAGAAACGCCGUCUACGAACGAAACGAAUCAACAAAAGCAAGCUCAAUUUCUAUAAACCCUAACUCCGCCUCAAACUCUCAACGAUUCUCCAAGAAUUUGAAGAAAUCCAAAGCCACAACAAUCAUCGGUUUACCGAAAUCUCAGAAAGCUUCGUUCGCAGAAGCUAGAGGUUGCCGUCGUAAUCAUCAUAAACCGGGAAACACUAGGUUGUUUCCGAAACGAAGCGCGUCGAUCGGAGGAAAAUCUGAUUCUACUGUUUUUGAACCUUCUUCGCCGAAGGUUUCGUGUAUAGGUAGAGUGAGAUCGAAACGUGGACAUAAUCGAAGGUUGAGAACUCGUCAGAGAUCGAUUUCUUCCACUGCUACUGGCGUCUCCGCCGCCGGCGUUGUAAGACAGAAAUCUUCACGUAGUACUCAAAGAAAGAAGAAAACUGGUUUCAUCGAAAGUGUUUGCUCGAUUUUCAGGAGUCACCGGAGAGAGAAAACUGUUCAGAAAUCGAAUCCUCCGGUGGAAGAUUCUUCAACGAAGAAGAAGAGAAACAAUGGAAGAAAAACGCGGGAAGGAAGUACGGUGAGUAGAACGGUUGAAGAUACGGUUCACAGUGAACCGGCCGGUUUGGGUUCGAUGAACCGGUUUGCAUCAGGGCGGCGGUCCGAGUCAUGGGGAGUAGGUGAAAUUGAAAACCACGUGUGAAUUCGGUGGCAGCCACGUGUGGGGUCCAAUUUCAGCGUGUGUUCGUUGGGCUCGAAGUUUUGAAUAGGUUGUUAGGAUGGUGACGUGGCACGUAGAAUAACUGUUUGUAACUGUUUUUCGUUACUACUUGCUUUGAAGCGUGUUUGAAUUUGCUGUUUUUGGUUUUUGAACUUAUCUGUUUUAGCAGUAAACGACGGCGUUUUUGUAAAUAUGAUUUGUGUGCUUUUUUUCUGCUGUAAGGAGUAAGCAGCUGUAUAUUUUUGGUCAAAUUCAUCUAAAUUCCUUUAAGUUUUU